GUGAACCUUCGAAAUAAGAAAAGUUGACCCAUAAUCAAAACUUCAGUGGAAUCGCAGAAUCUAAACUUUCUUUUAAACCGAAAACCCGUUUCCCAAUGUUCUAUACUUAACAAUACAGUUGCCUGAGUCAAAAGUUCGAUACUCGCAUCCAAAUCGAUUAUCCAGUUUUCUGAAGUUCAUACUGUUUUAUGAAUCAGUAUUUUCGUAUCGUGUAAUAUGCAAUGUGCAGUAAUUUGUUAUAAACUCGAUUAUAGUUAUUAAAUAAAAAAGCUUCCUGUUAAAUGCCCAAUACCCAUAUUCUAGACUGCACAGAGGUUGCUGCAGCUAAAUUUCUUGUCAGGCACUGUACCUGAUGUUGGGUAAUUUGUUCAGAACUUCACAGUAGCUGCUGAAACUCGUGGGGAAAAUGCCCGAUGCACAAAUAAGCAUUCCUCAAUUGAGUUUGUUGAAUUGAGUUGAGUUUAAUUCUAUUGAAAGAGAAACAAGAGGGUAAACAUGAUAGUUUCUGCUCUGCUUACAUCCCUAGGGAUAAAUUUGGGUCUGUGCAUUCUACUCUGGUCUUUAUACUCUGUAUUGAGAAAGCAGCCAGGCAAUGUAACUGUGUACGCCCCUCGCAUGGUGGCAGAGGAGAGAGCCAAGCGGAGAGGAGCAUUAGAGAGAUUUGUGCCAUCCGCAUGGUGGAUUGUUAGAGCAUGGAGGGCUACUGAUGCUGAUAUCAUGGAACGUGCAGGUUUUGAUGGCUAUGUGUUCAUCAGGGUCUUUGUCUUCAGUUUACGGAUAUUCUCUUUUGUUGGGGCUAUAGGUAUAUGUGUUCUUCUUCCUAUAAAUUACAUUGGAAAAGAACUAGAUAUUUCUGAUAUUUCAAAUCAAUCAUUGGACUUGUUCAGCAUAUCAAAUGUUCAAAGUGGCUCCAAAAGGCUGUGGGUACACUUUUGUGCUGUUUAUCUUAUUUCAGGAGCUGCUUGUUCUCUUCUUUAUUUGGAAUACAAGGGUAUUGCAGAAAAACGGUUUGCUUAUUUCUAUUCAACUCCUCCUCAAGCAAAUCACUUUACAAUUCUUGUUCGUGGUAUACCCAAGGUUCAUCAGCAUACUAUGAGUGAAACAGUGGAGGAAUUUUUCACUCAGUACCAUCCUUCAACUUAUCUUUCACAUCAAAUGGUUUACCACACAAGAAAACUGCAGGCACUCAUGAAAGAAGCAAAAAUAUUGUUUAAAAAGGUUAUGCGCCUGAAGUCAAAGCCUCUGCUUCAAAGAAAACGACAGAGGGAAGGAUUUCUAGGUCUGUUUGGUGCAAAAGUGGAUCCUGUUGAUCAUUAUACAAAGCAGCUGGAUAAUGUUGAAGAAAAUCUCAGAUUGGGUCAGUCGGAGUUGUACCAGAAAGGAAAGGAGGUUCCUGCAGCAUUUGUCUCUUUUAAAUCUCGUUAUGGAGCUGCAGUGGCAUCAAAAAUUCCACAGUCAACCAAUCCACUUUUGUGGGUCACAGAACCAGCUCCUGAACCCCGUGAUAUUUAUUGGCAAUUUAUUUCUGCACCUUUUCUCCAGCGAUGGAUCAGUAAAUUUGUGGUCGUGGUUGCUGUGUUUUUCCUAACCAUCCUUUUCCUGGUACCAGUCGCAUUUGUACAGGGUCUUGCACAACUAGAUGAGCUAGAAAAGUUUUUGCCAUUCCUGAAAAAAGUUCUGACCAUAAAAGUUGUUAGUCAAAUUAUCACAGGUUAUCUUCCAAGUUUGAUUUUAAACCUAUUUAUGUUCUUCGUUCCUCCUACAAUGAUACUAUUUGCAGCCAUUCAAGGGUCUGUAUCUAAUAGUGGCAUGAUGAAGAGUGCAUGCAUCAAUGUAUUGUACUUCACGAUAUGGAAUGUGUUCUUUGCAACAGUAUUAUCAGGAUCAGCUAUCAGCCAAAUUGACAAUUUCUUGUCCAAUCCUAAAGAUAUACCUCGGCAACUUGCAGUUGUAGUUCCUGGCCAGGCGGCAUUUUUCAUCACUUACGUUUUAACAUCUGGAUGGACGGGCUUAUCAUUAGAAAUUGCUCGGUUGUUCCCACUUAUUGUAGACUUUUUCAAAAGACAUUUUUCCAGUGGUAUAGAAGAAGAUGAUUGUGCACCAGUAUUUCCUUACCAUCGUGAUCUCCCAAAAGUGCUCCUUUUUGGGCUUCUAGGCUUCACAUAUGGCUUGCUAGCACCAUUGAUCCUACCUUUCUUGCUUGUAUAUUUUUUCGUUGGCUACAUCACAUAUCGCAAUCAGCUGUUGAAUGUUUACUCGCCUAAAUUUGAAACUGCUGGCCAAUUUUGGCCUAUUGUGCAUUACUGUACAAUAUUUUCAUUGAUUUUCAUGCAAAUAAUUGCAAUAGGCAUAUUUGGAGUCAAGAAACUUCCUUUCGCUUCUGGCUGGGUAAUACCAAUGUGUAUAAUUACUCUCCUAUUCAACAACUAUUGUGGGAAACGAUUUCUGCCUAUGUUCAACAACUAUCCUGCAGAGGUUUUGAUAAAAAGGGACAGGGAAGAUGAAAAAAAUCCGCAGAUGGAUAGCUUUCUUGAAAGUCUGUCUAACGCAUAUCGUGACCCAGCUUUGCAACCAGUUCAAUUUUCAACUGAUGAGAAUGACAACAAAACUUAUCUCAUAGUCCCAGAUGCUUGAGUUGCAGUUCGGAAGUGCUGCAUUGUAUGUUUCCUCAGCAUUAGUUUUAUAUGUUCUGGUUUGAAACUUUACUGCACUCUUGAAGUUUAUAAAUGUUCUUUAGUGCUGGAUCAUUAUGAUUUUCUAUAAGAGAACUAUCUGAAGGUUGACAUUGAACCAUUGAAUCCUCAUUGUUUAUUUUUUCCACCUAAUUGUUUAUAUGGUGGUAUGUCUUCCAUUGGCUUGGGAGUUGUGUCGCGAAUGAGCAUCAUUGUAAAAUCUCCUGUGGUCAGAAUCGAUGGUGCUUAAUAGUUGCACAUAGCACCAAAUUCAUUGUUUGUAUUGGAUUUACAUUGCUUACCAGGUCCUAAGAACUUGAUUUUUUGAAGGCAUUAUAUUGAAGAAUUCUCAAAUGUAUUCUAUCUUGUACAAAAUGGAUUGCUUGUUGCCACAUUAAUUUGUUGUAUCUUUAUGAUAAAUGAGACAGCAGGCUCAUUGUUAUU